GCCAGCGAUUCCCUAUAAAAGCCGACCUGCUCUCCGGAUUUCGUUCAGUGUUACUUCUCAUUUGGUACAGUGUGCAUCGCGAGAUUUCCAACAAACUAAAAAUAAAAUGGCUGACUUCUACUACCUGCCCGGCUCCUCCCCCUGCCGCUCCGUCAUCAUGACCGCCAAGGCUGUCGGCGUCGAGCUGAACAAGAAGCUGCUCAACCUGCAGGCAGGCGAGCACCUGAAGCCAGAGUUCCUGAAGAUCAACCCGCAGCACACCAUCCCCACCCUGGUGGACAAUGGCUUCGCUCUGUGGGAGUCGCGCGCCAUCCAGGUUUACCUGGUGGAGAAGUACGGCAAGACCGACUCGCUGUACCCCAAGUGCCCCAAGAAGCGUGCCGUGAUCAACCAGCGUCUGUACUUCGACAUGGGCACUCUGUACCAGAGCUUCGCCAACUACUACUACCCCCAGGUGUUCGCCAAGGCACCCGCCGAUCCCGAGGCAUUCAAGAAGAUCGAGGCCGCCUUUGAGUUCCUGAACACGUUCCUGGAGGGACAGGAGUAUGCCGCCGGCGACUCUCUGACCGUUGCGGACAUUGCCCUGGUGGCCUCCGUUUCCACCUUCGAGGUGGCCGGCUUCGAGAUCAGCAAGUACGCCAACGUGAACAAGUGGUACGAGAACGCCAAGAAGGUGACUCCCGGCUGGGAGGAGAACUGGGCCGGCUGCCUGGAGUUCAAGAAGUACUUCGAAUAAGCCUGAUAUUCAAGUUUUACACCCCCAAACAUUUGAUGUAAUAUUUAUUCACGUUCACAAACACAAACUAUACAAAACAAUUCCAAAUUCGCGUGUCUCGGUGCACAAUAAAUGAGUGUUCGCUUUUUUGAAUGCAAAAAAUAAAA